AUGGUUGUUUCUGGUGUCCCUCGUGAAAACGGUAAUUUACAUGUACAGCAUAUUGCAGAUAUUGCACUUAAAAUGCGUACAUUUGUCUCAAACUUUAAAGUUGGACAUCGUCCAGAAGAGAUUAUUAUGGUUCGUAUUGGUUUCCACAGCGGUUCUGUAGCUGCUGGAGUUGUUGGAUUAGCUGCUCCCCGUUAUUGUCUUUUUGGAGACACAGUAAAUAUGGCUUCUAGAAUGGAAUCGACAGGUUUAGCCAACAAAAUUCAAAUAAGCGAGUCUUCUUUUAAUUUAUUAAAAUGCUUUUUUCAACAAUUUAUUGCUGUUGAAAGAGGGAAAGUUGAAAUUAAAGGAAAGGGUGAAUGUACAACAUAUUUUUUGGAUGGAAAGGACCAAUAUACAACACAAACAAAUAUUAUGCAACAAAGAAAGAAGUAA